GUGUGCGUGUGUGCGAGCGUUUGUGAAUGGGUUCGCGGGGUAGUGUGCGACUGCGGAGGAGCGGUGCGGCAAAGGGGUGGAUUCGUUAGUGGCAACAAAGCCCGCAACACCGGGAGGGGGUAGUUUUUCUGGUGGGUAGCUCCGGAGCUGCCGGCGACACGGGCCCCGAUCAGUCUUCAAACUCACCCCCGAAGGUUCCGCACCCCUACGUGCCCAGUCUCGUCUUCGUCUUUUGACUUUUUUAAUAAACUCGCGUCCAGCAAAAAGCUCACAUUUUCCUUGUGUCAACCCGUAACUUUUACCUGCCUUUCACUACUUUUAUCUUACAGUGGUUUUAAGUUGAGUUUAACAGCUUUUGUCGUCGUUUAGACCUCCACGUGAUUUUUGUGACGUCACGGUUAAUUUUAUGUAAUUUCAUGCCGACGCCGUGUUGUCUGAAAAUGAAAUUUGUGACUGUAAUAAAAAGUACAUAAAAUAAUGGAUAACGACAUUCGAUCCAAGAUCUUACUCGGUUGUUGAUAUACCUAAAGUUUCAAUUUCAUCGCUGUGCAAAGGAGUUGUCCUUAUUUUUUCGAAUCUUCCUCAAGAUUUUCAUGGUUUUCCAUGUCUCUAAUUUAUGUGCUCCACAUUUUGGCAUGAUCGUAAAGAUACCACCAGCAAUGCAAAGUUUCAAAAUUGUGUAGCCCAUAAUCGUUGUGCGAUUAACGAGAGUGUCGCGAAAUCAAAUUCACCGAUUCGUUUCAGUUUUGUACAUGGUGUAAUCUCCUUAUCAAUGAUUUUGGAUCGAGAAUUGAUGAAAGUGUUCCUAUUGGACUAAAACGGACCCAAUGUAGUGUUUUAGCGGCACUGCAAACGCAUUUUGCGAUUUAGUUACACUCAAGCUGUUGAUUUCAGAACUUUUUGGAUUUAUUUCAAAGUGCUAACCGGUGAACAGAACUCAAUCUUGAAUUUUGUGAACUAUUCGACUCAAUCAACCCUAAAUUGCUUUAGGUGCUUUGCGAAGGCGCUUUCUUAGUGAGACUUUGGAUUUAAUCAGAAAAUUUUACCUGGAAUUUAUGGAAGUGUCGCCAAUCGAACGUCCUUCCGUGAACAUUUUCGAACCACUCGAGUUUUAGUGUGAUUGCUCACCGGGGAGACCCGAUUAAGGGUUGCGACUCGAUGCCCACCCCCGCAAUGUCACGGUCCUUCCUGAUGGACUCGAUCAUCAACAGCACGGAGCCGCGGGCGCCACCCCCGCACGAGGCCUGCCACCCCCUGCUCCCGUACCACCCGGCCGCCCUUAACUCCUACCUCCUGUCGCUGGGCCUGGCGCCGCCCCGGGUCCCGCAACCGGGCUUUCCGGGUGCCUUCUACGGCAAGUUCCGGGUCGACACCGACCCCCUGCUCUACCGCUUCCAGGGCGCCCCCCACGCCUAUCCGCCCGCCUACAAGACGGCGCCCCUCGGGCUCCUACCCCCGGAGGUUCCGGCCCCCAGGACCGAAAUUCACAGGACCGAGAUCCCGAGGAGAACUAGCUUCGAUGAUCCCUCCUUCACACGACUGGAUUUCGAGGAGCCUCCACGCAAAGUAGCCGCAGGUGACAUCCGUCGCUCUCCGACCCGCCCCCGCGACCGCUCACCCCUCCACUCCCCGCUAACCUCCCCACCGCACUCCCCCGGCGACGACCGAUGCGGCAGCCCCCAGAGCGGCGAAUUCCCAAGCUCGAAGCGCAUCCGGACAGCUUUCACGAGCACGCAGCUUUUGGAACUUGAGAAGGAGUUCGCGGCCAACAUGUACCUCUCCCGGCUCCGACGCAUCGAGAUCGCCACCUACCUUAAGCUCUCCGAGAAACAGGUCAAGAUCUGGUUCCAGAACCGGCGGGUCAAGUACAAGAAGGAGGAGGUCGCAGGACACGACCCCGCGGCUCCGCCCAGCGCCGCCGCCCAAAAGUGUUGCUGUUUACGCGGAUGUGGAAGUCACCCCCAUCCUCACUCGCCGCUUCAUCUCGCGGCGAAAGUCGAGCCGAAAGUCAAGUGCAACGAGCAGUCGGAUAGUCAGUUCAAAGCUUCGCCCACGGUUAGUUGAUAGGGAGUUUCCGGGUCCGAGUCAGGUUGGCAGGGAUGAAUCCUCCUGAAUAGUCUCAUGCAAUGGUGUUUUUACGUGGAGCGUGGAUUGUCUAUUUUGAAAUUUGGACCGCGUUAGGCAGGAAGGAACCAAGCCACAUCGCAGCUAUUG